AUGAGAGCGUGUUGUCCUGGUCGAACCUGCCCCGGUCGAGCUCAUCCUCUCUCCGCCACCUCUGACACCGCUUCUGGGCUUGCUGCUGCUCCAGACGCUAGGAUGGGCGGCUCACAGCUCACGCAGCUGCGCGCAAAGCUGCGAGACUCGGGACUGAACCGCCAGGCCAACCCCAAGGACGCUCGCAAACGGGCAAAGCAGCGGAAGGACCUCUCGUCCAACUCGGCGCAGCACAGGAACGCCAAGCUCGCGGCGAUUCACGACCAGUUCAACGUCUUUGACACGCGCGACGAGAAGAAGAAGUUCCAGGUGGUGUCGCGGUCGGGCAAGGAGGAGGGCGGCGGGACCAAGGGGAUGCCAGGACGAGCGAGGGCUGCCGGUAUCGAAGCGCGCAAGAAGACGCUCCUCCCGAUGCUCGAAGCGCGAACUCACGCUUCUACCUUCGUCGACCACCGCUUUGGCGAGGCAGCUUCGCACCUGACGCCCGAGGAGAAGGCUCUCGAGCGCUUCACGGCCGAACGCAAGUCGCGCCUCGACAAGAAGAUGCGUUUCAAUCUCGAGGACGACGAUGGCGGCGAGUUUGCGCUCACGCACGGAGGACGGAAGCUCGGUUUCGGUGACGAGGACCAGCUGGAAGACGGCGGAUGGGGUGGGCUUGGGGAAGGAGCGAACCGAGAACCUCUGAUGAACCGGCGGAAGAUGGGCGCAGAGCCCGAGGAGGACGAGGAGCCGCGCAAGAAGUCGCACGCCGAGAUCAUGGACGAGGUCAUCGCCAAGUCCAAGUUUCACAAGGCUGAGCGACAAAAGAUGAAGUCUGCCGACGACGAGACUCGUCUCGAGCUCGACGCCGAGCUGAAGGACUUGCGAGGGAUCUUGGCUGGUGGAGCUGUCAGUCGCGGCGGUGCGAGUGAACAGGCGCCCGGCUCUUCGGCGACGGGAGCUUCUGAAGCGGUUGAAGACGACGAGGAGGAUGAGGAGGACGAGGAGGACGAGGAGGAUGAAGACGAGGACGCCGAGGACGGAGACGAUUCGGAUGCCGACUCGGAUGAAUCGGGCUCGACGUACGAGCUGAACGACGAGGAGCUCGAAGCUGCUCUUGCCGCAUCUUCAGCCAAGUCCGGUGUUGACCGCGACCUCCUGCGCAAACUCAUCGGCUCAGCGACCGACCGCUCUCCCUCUCCCUCUCCCCCUCCGGCAUCAACUUCUGUCUCUGCCACCGUCGACGGUGAGCGACCACCUCCCGCCAAACCUGCGGCACAAGACGACGAUGAAGACUCGAAGGACCCGUACGACAUCUACGUUCGUGAACUCGCUCUUGAACCUCGAGCGCACGCGACCAACCGCCUCAAGACGCCGCUCGAGCUUGCGCAGGAGGCGGCCGAGCAGCUGAAGAAGCAGGAGGAGCGGCGGUUGAAGCGUCAACGUGGCGAGGAGGACCGGUCGAGCGACGAGGAGGACGGUGCGGAGGACGGGAAGCGGAAGAAGAAGGAGAAGAAGCGUGCGCCGCAAGGCGACGACCUCGACGACGACUUCCUCGAGGAGCAGUACGGCAGCGAUGUGGACGAGAGCGCCGCGCUGGCUGUCGCUGUUGGCGGACUUGGGCAGGGACUCGAAGGCGAGGGCGUAUUGCUGGCGGACGAGGACGGGUCUGCGGAAGGCAGUGACGAGGAGGAGGGUGACGAAGAAGAGAGCGAAGGCGAGGAGGACGAGGAACAGAGCGAGAUGGACGAGAUGGACGUUGGCGACCUGGAUGCUGCCGACUCGGAAGAAGAGGAGGCGGCACAGGGUGAAACGGAGGCGCUGGUUGCCCCUUCGACGGCGAGAUUCGACAAGUCGGGCGAACUCCCGUAUACCUUCCCUUGCCCCACGACGCACGCCGAAUUCGCCAAGCUCCUUCGCUCAUCCGGUAUCAAGGACGAGGACACACUCACCGUCGUCAAGCGUAUCCGGACCCUCUACCACCCCGGUCUCGCCGAGGGGAACAAGGAGAAAUUGCAGGUCUUCGCCAACGUCCUCCUCGACCACAUCGUCUACCUCUGCACAUCUCCUUCACCGUCAACAUUCGCCCCGGUCAACUCGCUUCUCCCGCAACUCCUCACUAUGUCGCACGCCUAUCCCCUCAGCUGCGCCCCACACUACGUCACCAAGCUCUCCCUCAUGCACCGCAACCUCCUGCGCGGCCUCGUCCGAGGUCCGCUAGACCUUGCGGCGAAGACAUGGCCGGGCCUUCCCGAACUCACCCUCCUUCGCCUCGUCGGCAUGGUCUGGUCGACCUCCGACCUGUCGCACCCCGUCGCCGCUCCUGCCCUCCUCUUGAUCGGCGAAUACCUCUCGCAGGCCCGCGUUCGUUCCCUCUCCGACCUCGCCAGCGGCAUCUUCCUCGUCUCGCUCGUCGCACAGUUUGAAGAGCAGUCGAAGCGGAUUGUCCCCGAAGCCGUCAACUUCCUCGCCAACUCGCUCGCCCUCCUCUUCCCGACUACUUCUGCCGUUUCCGCCACAUCUUUCCCCGGCUCGUUCCCUGCACCCGAUGUCGGCCGGGAGCACGCCAAGCAGCUCAAGCUCGGCCGUGACUCGUCGUCGCUCGUGCCGAGCCAGUCGACCAAUCUGCUCAAAGCGCUCGCGGCGAAGGGCAAGACCGGCAAGGGCAAGGCGACUGUCGCCGAAGCUGGGCAGCUCAAGGUCGACCUCGCAGCUUCCGCGCUCAAGCUUGUCGAGACCUACAGGGCCAUGUACAGCGAGAGCGAGGCGUUCAUCGAGGUCUUCAGGCCGAUCGAGGCUAUCCUCAAGGCCGUCAAGCUCGAGAAGCUGUCGCCGUCUCUUCAGAACAACGUCAAGUCGACUGUGAACGCCCUCUCCCGCUCGCUCACGUUUGCCGGCCAGUCUCGCCGUCCUCUUUUCCUUCAACAUCACAAGCCUAUUCCUCUGGCGACCUACCUCCCCAAGUUCGACGAGGGCUUCAAUCCGAACCGUCGCUUCGACCCAGACUCGGAGCGCGCAGCGGCGAGCAAGCUGCGCGCGCUCUACAAGAAGGAGAAGAAGGGCGCGGUCCGCGAGUUGCGCAACGACAACAAGUUCUUGGCUGUCGAGAGUGCGAAGCGGAGGGCGGAGGAGGAUCAGCAGUACCAGCGCAAGAUCCAGAAGAUUGUGGGCAGUUUGCAAGACGAGCGGGCAGAAGAGAAGGCCUUCGAGCGGACAAAGGCCAAGGGCAAGCGACGGGACAAGGCGAGGGCUGGUGGACGGUAG